AUGGCGUCCGAAGAGGAAUUACCGGCGGGUUGGGAAAAAAGAAUAAGUAGAUCAACUGGUCAAUUUUACUAUCUAAAUAUUCACACGAAAGAAAGUCAGUGGGACAGACCAGUUAAACCAGCCGAACCACAAUCAGGUGUUGGUCCUGAACAAGUUCAAUGCAGUCAUUUAUUAGUUAAACAUGAAAAUUCGAGGAGGCCAUCAUCGUGGAGAGAAGAAAAAAUAACUAGAAGUAAAAGUGAAGCAUUGGAAUUAUUAAAAUCGUACAGAGAGCAAAUUGUAUCUGGUGCUGCAUCAUUUGCAGAAUUAGCUCAACAAUAUUCAGAUUGCAGUUCUGCCAAAAGAGGAGGUGAUUUAGGUCCUUUUGGAAAAGGUGCAAUGCAAAAACCUUUCGAACAGGUUGCAUUCGCAUUAAAAGUUGGAGAAUUAAGCGAACCUGUCGAUACUGAUUCAGGGGUUCAUAUUAUUUUACGUACAGCUUAA